CACUCGUGAUCUAGUCAACCACUUCACCAUCACUUGGGUUCCGGGUUGUUGCUUUUGUUUUCUUUUAAGGAUUUAUGAGGAGAGGAUUCUCAUGCAUCGGUAGUUCUCUGUUUUCCGCGAUCAAGUUCCUCUAAAAUGUCGUCGAUCCUUCCGCAAGCUGGAGACAAACACCUGCCGGCCCUGCCUAUCGGGACCUCUUCUCUUCACCAGGACCCUAUCGUUUACAUUGACCGCGAGGCCAGACAUAUUCAGCGUAAUUUACAGAUUCUAAUCGAUGCCCAGAGUGAAGGACUUCUGGCCAGUCUCAACGGCCCCCAGCAGAAUGGCGCGAUGUCCGAUGGAGUUUAUACACCAACCUCGGAGACAAGCAGUUCGCAGCGUCCCCCAACUAUACCCAUACGCCAACCGGCUCCGGAGAAGAUCGGGCUGUCUGCUGCCCGAAAGGGGAUAUUCAGAUCUAUAUACGACCUCUUGAGGCUUCGCGAGGAGGAGCGAGAGAUACUAACAUUCCGGAUUGAUGAAAGGACACAGGCGUUGGCAGAUAUUAAUGGCUUUAACACCAAUCGCGCUGGGCUAGAAAAUGCCAUCUCAACAAUUCAGGAUAACCGGGAAAGCCAGCACACCGUAGCCUUGCGCCAGGAGAGUCGCAAGCUUGAGGAUGAUAUACAUGAGUUGGAGACUAGGCUGUCCCAGAUGAAAGCAAGACAUCAACACAUCCUUCGCGAAUUGUCCCAAAUGGAAAACUCUAUUGAAUCGAAACUUUCUUCUUACAGAGCCUCCAUGUCGCUCCUAGACUCGAAUAUUCGAAAGUAUCUUCAGAACCCGCCCGUGAAACCUCAAGAUAGCAGCUCCAAAGACGCAAGUUUUUAUUCCUUGAACCCUAAGCGGCGAACCCUCGAGAUGGCAGAGGAACACUGGCAAAAGGAACAAUCAGAUUUGCGUGAAAGGCAACGGGAAGUGGAUGCUGAGAUCGAGGCCCUCGAAGCUGGAGGUGGGGUCUGGAAGCAAGUGAUCGGAGAGGUUUCUGGUUUUGAGAAGCGACUCAAGUCAGCAAUGCGUCUUUCUAUCCAAUCUCAAUCGCAACUACUGAACCACGAUGGCCCUUCUGGUAGCAAGUCCGAAGAGGACCUCGCUCGGGCAGUAUUGGAUGACCUGACGCAUACCACAGAGCGCGUAGAAAAUCAUCUAGAGGUUGCAGAGAAUAAAGACUGGAAAUUGCUGGUUUGUUGCAUCUCUGCGGAGCUGCAAGCGUUGCGAGAAGCACGGCAACUGCUAUUGAAUGUCUUCAAUGUGACUGAAACAGACAUUUCCCCGUCUGCCGAGAAAGGAACCUCGAACAGUAUUCACACUUACGAGGAUUAUGACCCUCAUGGAGAUCCCCUAGGUGUUGACAACCCCGAGCCUCCGGCUGAGUUUCUCGAGGAUACUGAUGAGCACCAUCAUGGUACAGUGUCUCGCUCUGAGGAUGAAGAUGACGAGCCGGAUCCCGCCUGGCUGCUCCCUGAAUCAUGAAUUCAUAGCUCACAGGCCUACCAUUUGACUAUAGACAGGAGCAAGGUGUCGGUUAGCGUAGUGAUUUCGGGUAAUACUUCUUUCUCUAUUUGAUGUCUAAACCUUGUCAGAGGGUUCAUGAUUGACCUGUAUGCAGUCUGCAGGUUGCUGGCACUCCAGCUUAACCUACAACGAUCAGUCCGCUAUGCAGAGCCUCCUGCAGAAAUCGGGAUAUAAUAUA